UGCUCCAUCAUUGGUGUCAGUGGGAGGAAUAGUGCCCCAUCACUGGUGCCAGUGGGAGGAAUAGUGCCCCAUCAUUGUGUCAGUGGGAGGAAUAGUGCUCCAUCAUUGGUGUCAGUGGGAGGAAUAGUGCCCAUCAUUGGUGUCAGUGGGAGGAAUAGUGCCCCAUCAUUGGUAUCAGUGGAAGGAAUAGUGCCCCAUCAUUGGUGUCAGUGGAGGAAU